AUGGCGCUAAAUUAUUUACGAAGUUGAAAAUAAUGUGCUCAGAGCAGUCCAACGAAGACUUUUUAGAAAAAGUAGAUCUACCAAAGAAAUCUCUUUAUGGCAGCUCAUGCAAAAAGUGUGGAGCCAAAUCAGAUGUUGUUCUCAAAAUGCUUGAUCCUUUCUGCAAGUCCUGUUUUCUAGCAUACUGCACUCACAAAUUUCGUGCUACACUGGGAAAGUCAAGGCAGAUAAAAUUUGGAGAAAAGAUCCUUGUUGGAUUUUCAGGAAGUGCAGCCUCAGUGGCAUUAGUACAUAUGCUCCAAGAGGGUUUAAAGGAAGAAGCCCACAAGAAGUUCUUGUUCACACCUGGUUUUGUUUAUGUUGAUGAGGGACAAACUGUGGGUCUUACUGUAUCAGAAAGAGAGAAAAACUGUGAAGAAAUUAUUCACAUGAUGAGGAGCUCGGGAUUUCAGUGUUACUUCACAACACUUGAAAUGGCUUUUGGAGGAUACUCAGAAGAUAGAGAUUUACCAGUGUUAAAUGUUGAAGAAGUUAAAUCAAGUUCCUAUCUAAAUAAAGGUGAUUCCUGUGAUUUACAGAAAACUUUAAGUAGUUUAAAAUCACUCACGGUGAAAGAGGAAUUCCUGAAGUACACAAGGCUUCAAAUUUUGACAAAGAUUGCCAAACAACUAAAGUUUGAUAAGCUUUUUCUCGGUGACACAUCUACCAGAUUAGCCAGUGCUGUACUCAGUGGAGUAGCACAGGGUCGAGGGGCUCAGAUAUCAUCAGACAUGAGUUUUAUGGACAACAGGCAUAAACUACCUGUAUUGAGACCCUUGAGAUAUGUUUUUCUUACAGAAUGUUUUCUCCAUGCUGUCCUUGAUAGUAAUAUGGCAGUAAAGGAAACCAGCAUGAAAUCUGAUAAAGUUGAACAGGGCAAGUUUGUUGAAACCACAAAGCAGACAAAUAAUUAUGAAUGGAGAGAGAAGCAUGGUGUGUCUUUAGGAAGUGAUUCAGAUGACUGCAUAUUAGAGCGUCCUUUGGGAGAGCGUAUUAAAUUGAAUAAAAUACACACCAAAAGUAAUCAAGAUGUUACUUCAGAAAAUAUUACUGGAAACAUAUGUCAUAGACAGAGUGAAAUAGAGGGAAAUGAACAAUUUCAAGCAGAUCUGAAAAUCCUAGAAGGAAGGUUGUCUCAGAAAAAAGAUCUGCUGCAUAAGGUAUCUCUGAAAGCCUUACCAGAUGGUGGAGCCAAAAUAAAAAACCAAAUUGACGAGCUUGAAAAACAGAUAUCUGGUUUGAGGUUGGGAGUGGACUCAGCUAGUAAGAACAUGUUUUUCAUUGAUGAUACAAAAAAAGAAAACCAAGCAAGUAUUCAACGCCUAACAGAAAACUUUGUUGUUGCUUUACAAACUGAUUUUCCAGCAACUGUAUCAACGAUUUUCAGAACAGGAAGUAAGCUGCAAUCAGCAGUAAAGAAAGGUUCUUGUGAAGACAUCUGUAUAUUCUGCAAGUCACCUUUGGAUACCCAAAAUCCAAACCCUUCUUCUGCCCUUGAAGCAUUAAAUCUGUCUGAAAAGCUAUCAAAAAAUAAAUCAUCCUUCUCUUCUAACAAACUGGAAGAUGAUUUUAAAACAAAGUGUAAUGUUCCUUGUCCCUGCUCUAAAAAAGAUGAACCUUGUGAAAGAACAAACACAGAAUUAUUAAGUGAUUAUCUGCCUGAAUACUUAUGUUACGGGUGCAGGUUAAUAAUAAAAGACAUGUCUGAUGUUUCUUUAUUGCCUUCACACCUCUUGUAUGAAGCCCAGAAAGCAAAGCACAGAGCAAAAAUGAAGGAAGAUAUUCAAGGUUUCCUCUUGGAAGGAAAUGAUGACAUGUAGCAGAAAUCCAUAUCUCACUUACUUUUAUUUGUUUAAUUUUAAGUGUAUUUAUGUAAAUGAUAAAAAAAUAAACUUUUUAUAACAAUGA